UUUAUAUCUUCUCAGGAAUGGCCAGCUUCUCCCCAGCCAAGAUGCGGAGGAUCAAAGGCUCCUUGGUGAUAUUAUCCUUAUCAGGCCCAGAAGUUUGAUGCCCCCUUCUCCCCAUCCCACAGCCAAAGGCCGUCGUUGGCCCUGUAUCCUGGUUGCUAGAUCCAAGAAUGGACAUUAUAGCCUAUGAUGAUUACUCCAAUCCACCGAUGCAGGGAUAUUGAGAGGAAACCGGAAUACCUUCAACCGGACCAGUGCGUUCCACCUCCCAGCCGCGGUUCCUCGGGAACAAUGUGGUUUAUCCGUGAUGGCUGUGGUAUUGCCUGUGCGGUCGUCACUUGGUUCCUGGUCUUCUAUGCCGACUUUGUGGUCAUCCUUGUGAUGCUGCUUCCCUCCAGAGACUAUAUUUACAGCGUGAUCAACGCCAUCGUUUUCAACACAUUGGCGUUCCUGGCUCUGGCUUCGCACAUGAGAGCUAUGGUAACAGAUCCAGGUGCAGUCCCCAAAGGUAACGCCACAAAAGAGUUCAUAGAAAGUUUGCAGCUGAAGCCGGGGCAAGUAGUUUACAAGUGUCCAAAAUGCUGUAGCAUCAAACCUGACAGAGCACACCACUGCAGUGUUUGCAAGAGGUGCAUACGGAAAAUGGAUCACCACUGCCCAUGGGUUAACAACUGCGUGGGAGAGAACAACCAGAAGUACUUUGUACUGUUUACAAUGUAUAUAGCACUUAUUUCCCUGCAUGCCCUGAUCAUGGUUGGAUUUCACUUCCUGUAUUGCUUUGAAGAAGACUGGACAAGUGAGUAUAUUGACAAAUGCCAUGCUUUCUUGUGAACUGGACCCGAUUCU